UUCCAAAAUAUAUGGACAAACAUUAAGAUCUGAUAUAUAUUCCACCAUCCGGGGAAUUUCUCAAGAUCAUAUUACAGAACAGUUUAAAGCCAGUUAUUCUACUCUAACAGUUAUUUAAUUUUAUUUUACUGCUCUCUCUCCGUUUGUCUUUCUUGGACGUAGUUUUACUCAUUUGCAAUAUAAAGAGACACAGGCUUAAUUCAUAGCGGCAUUGUGUUAAGAGGAAAGGGACAAUCCUACUCUAUCUACUAUUUGGCUGCGCUGCUUUGGGCGCGGCUCUGCCUCAGGGUCUAAGCCAGGGUGGGAGAAUUGGCUGUUUCCAACCGAACAAGCUUUCCAGAUGACUGGGUGGCAGCCUGCGCCACAGCGAAUCUCUUUGGUUUUCACUGUCAGUGACGGUCAUUUUUAGAAGCGGGUUUGUUUCCUUCCCGAAUCCACCUCCUCACUCCCUCUCCGGGUCCUUCGCCCCAAAAGGAGUUUGACUUUACUUUCGCAGUCUGACACCCUGGCGCCCUCCGCCACCGGGCAGCCCGGCAGAGGCCCGCCACUGGAGUUACUCUGUCCUCCAGGUCCCCUCAGGACACACCCAGCAGGAGGCACUGCCCCGGACGGUGAAGCCGGCACCGGGGGUCGCCCGUGGGGCCGCCUGGGUGCCUCGCCUUCGGGAUGGAGCCGACCAGUGCAGACCUGCGGCCACCAGAGCGGAGCCGGGAACGGUAUUCGCCUGGGCCGAGGAGGAAGCCGGAGCAUUUGGGGGACUGGACCGCGGGAACCCGGAAACGCCUGGGCCGCACCGGGCCGGCGGCAGCGACGGCAGCGGGAGCGGGCGCCGCUGCGCCAGGGGUUGCGGGGACCCGGCGGGCGCCGCAGCCUGGGGGGCCCGGCGGAGCUGAGCCGCCGCCCCCAGUGCGCGCAGCCGGCCGAGCGGCGUGGGAGGCAAAUGAAGAUAAAACAAUGUCAGCCAACCUAAAAUACCUUUCCUUGGGAAUUUUGGUCUUUCAGACUACCAGUCUGGUUCUAACGAUGCGUUAUUCUAGGACUUUAAAAGAGGAGGGGCCUCGUUAUCUGUCAUCUACAGCCGUGGUUGUUGCUGAACUUUGGAAGAUAAUGGCCUGCAUUUUAUUAGUCUACAAAGACAGCAAAUGUAGUCUAAGAGCACUGAAUCGAAUACUACAUGAUGAAAUUCUUAAUAAACCUAUGGAAACACUUAAACUUGCUAUUCCAUCAGGGAUAUAUACUCUUCAGAAUAAUUUACUCUACGUGGCACUGUCAAAUCUAGAUGCAGCUACUUAUCAGGUCACAUAUCAGUUGAAAAUUCUUACGACUGCAUUAUUUUCUGUGUCGAUGCUUAGUAAAAAAUUAGGUGUGUACCAGUGGCUCUCCCUAGUAAUUUUGAUGACAGGAGUUGCUUUUGUACAGUGGCCCUCAGAUUCUCAAGAGCUUAAUUCUAAGGAACUUUCAGCUGGCUCACAAUUUGUAGGCCUCAUGGCAGUUCUCACAGCAUGUUUUUCAAGUGGCUUUGCUGGGGUUUACUUUGAGAAAAUCUUAAAAGAAACCAAACAAUCAGUGUGGAUAAGAAACAUUCAACUUGGUUUCUUUGGGAGUAUAUUUGGAUUAAUGGGUGUAUAUGUUUAUGAUGGAGAACUGGUAUCAAAGAAUGGAUUUUUUCAGGGGUAUAACUGGCUGACCUGGAUAGUUGUUGUUCUUCAGGCACUGGGAGGCCUUGUAAUAGCUGCUGUUAUUAAGUAUGCGGAUAACAUUUUAAAAGGAUUUGCAACCUCUCUGUCCAUAAUAUUAUCAACACUAAUAUCUUAUUUUUGGCUACAAGAUUUCGUACCAACCAGUGUCUUUUUCCUUGGAGCCAUCCUUGUAAUAACAGCUACUUUCCUAUAUGGUUAUGAUCCUAAACCUGCAGGAAAUCCCACUAAAGCAUAGUGGUAAUACUGUCUUUAUCUGGUUUUUCACAAUGGUGCACUAGGAAUCUCAACAUUAAUCCUGCACAGAGGACUUCUACAGAUUCUAAGAAAAAAAUCAUCAUGCUGAAUCUGAUCAUAAUGUUCAAAUGGUUUGAAAAUAUGAACGUUUAAGGAUAAAAUAUAUGUAUAUGUAACAAAAUGCCUAUUGCAUCAAGAAAUCAAAACUUGAAAGUAUUUCCAGGGAUUAGAAUAAUUAUUGGAGGAAACUUGAAAUCUGAGUUUAAAAAGAUUUUAUGUUUUUGAUUGCUGCAGAAAUAUCCUAUGCAUUCUUUGCAAGAGCACACAACAAAUGUCAGACAUCAAUUUUGCAAAUUAGAUAUAUUUAAUCUUAUUAAAUGUUUUUUAUCUUACUCUUUCUGUACAGAUAUAUCAAAUAACAUGGAUAUUCAAAGUUUGAAAAUUAUAAUUACCUAUAAAGCUGUGAAGAAAUAGGAUGAUUUGAAAAACAUUUUCAUGUAUCUCAGAUUUUUAUAUUUAUACAGAAGAUUACUAAACAAAAGAUUGCUAUAUGUUGCAAAUGUUCAACUGCAUAAAAAUUGAUAAAGUAACAUUCUGGGUCUGAUUUGUCAGACAAUAAAAUUCAUAUUUAAAUUUAAUGUAAAGAAAUAUACACAUCUAUUUCUCCAUCUACAUUUUAAGAUCUUUUAGUGCUUCAGAACUGCUGGAAGCAAGCAAUCCAGUUGUUCCUGUGCUAGAUAGUAGCCAGUUACUUUUACACUAAUGGAGUUUUGUCCUUAAUCUCUUAAUUGUAUUUCUUUUCUGUAAAUCAGAUAAAUCCUUAAUAUUACUUUAAAAUAAAUUUCUGUGUGUGUUAAUUUCCAUUAAAGUUUUAAAAUGUAAUUUAAAUACUCAUAAUAAUUUAAAAUAAUAAUUAUUGUCUAAUGUCUCCAUUUGGAGAAUUUUGAACUAUCAAAGCAUAUACUGUAUAAUAACUAGAGCAUUUUUAGAUGAAUAUUUUACUCAUUGAUCUGUAAAAACUUCUUUUAAUCUACAACUGUUGACAAAACCAAAAAAAUAGUAGUACAGAUGUCAAUAAAUUGAGACCAAAAUGACUUUUCUUGGAGACAUUCCAGAUUGCCAUAUUACAUUAUUUUAAAUGGCACUGUAAGUAUAAAUUCAAGGCUGCUCAGAAGAACUUUCUAGGCCUCUCAUAAACCCACCAUUCCCAGGAAUUCUCUGAUGCAUGUCUGGGAGAGGCAGCUGAAUUCUGAAUUCCCUUUCUGAGACCCUACAAAAGCUGCCAGGAAGGAGCCACAGCUUUGCUUUACAAUAGUGGUUUCCUUUCCAUUUGAUUAGCACUGGAGUUGAGAUUGCAGAUUACAUGAGUUAUUUAAUAAAUUGGUUCAGGGAGAGAAAAUAUAGCAGAAAUGAUCAAAUGAACAGGUGGGCACAAAUACUUUCUAAAAUUAGAAUAUGGGUUUAAUUUAAUUAUUGACUAGAGACAGAAUUACCUAUUAUGUAUAGGAAUUUAUUUUUUUCUUUCAUACAUUAUAUAUUUUUAAAAGUCUCCUGUUCUAAUAGUAUAAAUCUGUAAAAAAUAAAUAUUUUUAUAUAAUUCUAAUGGAUUUUGUUAAACAAAAUUUGGCUGAAAAAUACUAUGUUACAAACUGUUGGCUAUUCUUGGCUAAUUAGGACUGGCUGUGUUACUUUGCUGAGGCAAACCUAGCCUCUACAGGACAAAAGCCUAAUAUAUUCCAUACAGAGUUUUAAAAAAUGCUUAAAAUUACAAAGUAUUUUAAAUUAAUCUGCUGGUGAUUCCAAGUUGGCACCAAGCAAACUUUCUGGAACUCUGACUUAUGACUUUCAGUGACCACCUUUUAGAGUAUUUAUUUAAUAACUUUACCACAAUUUGAGAAUGGUGUUUUUAGACUGUAACAACAUUCAGGCUUACAUCUUAUUAUUUACUGCUAAGGGAAAUCUAAAUCCUAUAAUGCACAGAAUUCAAGACUAAAUAUAAAGAUUUAUGUUCAGCUCACACUGAAGUACUGGUUGGGUACUUACGUGUUAAUUCAAUGUGCAUUCAUAAUUAAUUGUUAAUUCAGGUUUAGUCUCAAUUUUAACACUUCAAAAAAUGAUACAGCAAAUUAUUGGACAUCAGACAUGUUAGUUACAAUAGUAAUAUAUUUUCAGGUGUCCAAAAUAACACAAUUUUCAAGAUUCCCACCAAAGUUUAUAAAAUGUAAUCAAGAGUUCUGAGAAAGGGCAAAAUAGUCUAUUUGCAAAGCAAACUUUUAUUAGACAGGCAUAAUUUAUAUUUUGCUUUUCUAGUAGGUUUGAAAACGUUAUUAGAGAUUUGGUUGUGUAGUUUGUGAUUCAUAAAGAGAUAAUCAUAUUUGAGAAGGUGGACCUGUAUCCUAGAUCAUGUCAUAUAUACAGAUAAUGCUGUUUUCUUCUGUGUGCUGUAUAUUUUGAUGACCUCCAGAAGCCUUAUUGUAUCAAUCUUUUAUAAUGAUGACUCCUUGAUUAUUUAAAUUCUUAUACUUUUUAGAGUUUACAUGUUACUACUUUGUUCAUUAUAAAAAUGUGCUAACUCAUGGGAGAAGAGUGCCAACUGAUAGUUCUAUAAAACUUAAGAAUAUGGUAUUUUGGAAGAAAAUUUUGAAAUGCAACAUGUAGAUGUAUCAACACAGUAAUAUUAUCAAUUCUAUAAUAAGUGAUUUUUAGAGACAUUGUAGACUACUUUUAUGGUGGAAAAUGUAGUUUAGAGAUGCAAAACUUAAAUGUUUACAUCAAUUUAUAUUGAAUGUCACAAUUUCAUAGAAGGAAAGGUGGUUUGAUAUUUAAACUAGAAUCUAAAGAGACAGAAUCUGAGUGGAAAUUAAUUGACUUUGUGCUCAGUAGACUUAGUGUAAUACAAACUAUUCUUAAGAAUUGAUACACUUUUCCUACAUAUCAAAUUAUUAGACUUUUAAAAUGUCAUUGUAUAGUCACCUGAGUUGUUUUGUUUUUAAAAACAGGGUUUAGCAUCACUCAUUUUAUUUACACUUUCGUUGUUAUAAUAUUUAAUUACAUAUGAAUGUAUGCUCUACAUAAGAAAAAGUUUAUGAAAGUUAUUUAUGCUAUAUCGAAAGUCAUCUUAAGGAUCUCCCAGAUAUGUAGCAUAUUUAAAGUAAUUAUAGGACCAAAGAAAAAGCACCUUUAUCAAAACCUGGUCCUAUGUGCCUUGCUUUACCAAAUACCUGACUUUUCUGGAGGACAUUACUAUAAUUCACAAUUUUGGACACAUAGGCAAAAUUAGGAUGUUUUAAGAAUUUAAUUCAAUUUUUUCAUUGUUUCAACAUUUGCUAUUUAAAUCCAUUAUCUAACAGAAUAUUAAAAUAGGUAUAUUAUACAAGUAUUAGUAAACAGAACUUAUUUAAAUAAAUUAUGGUACUAUUGCUCCAUCAUUGAAAUUUUGAAACUUUAACAAUUGUAUAUAACUGUCAUUUUGGUUUUUUAUUUCUUAUUAUAAGAUAUAAUUUACUGUGAUUUUUAAACUAUUUUUUUAAUGAUUUGGAUUCUGAAUUUGUCUAUAUGUGUAUUUCCUUUGUUUAGGAAGAUUCUUUUGGGUUUGGGGCUGUGAUUUGUAUAUUUAAAUUUUUUAUGGACAUAAUUCAAAGGAAUCUGUAAAUUGGUCUUUUGUUAAAUGGCUUUUUAAUUGAUAAAUUUCCCUUUGUCAUUUUUUGGUAUCCAGUUAUAUCUAUUCAGUAGAUUUAUGGAAAUAGAUUAUUUUCAUAACUAUGUAAAUUUUUUCCUAUAUUUCCUUGUUUCCCUGUUCACCUGUGCUUGACUUAACCAUGAAUUAGUCUCCUCUCUAUAUAUCAAAAAUGACUCACUGAGCCUUUCCCUACCUCUCUAGUUACCUUUAUCAUGUGUGUGAUCUUCCUUUUUACUAGCCUAUGCCUUAGCAUGAAAGACUGGAUUUUAUUUAAACUCGUUAGAAUUUCUCUACCUGUAUGAUGAUAACAGUCUAAAAUUUUUUUGCUUUAAAUAAAUUAUCUCUUUGCUAGCCUCAAAGUUAAGAAAUUACAGUAAUCGGUAUAUAUUUUUUUCAUAUUUGUCUUUUGGCUGCACCGCAUGGCUUGGAGGAUUUUAGUUUCCCGACCGGGGAUCAAGCCCGUGCCCCCUGCAGUGGAAGCACGGAGUCCUAACCACUGGACCGCCAGGAAAUUCCCAGUUUUCUUCAUAAUUUGAAUAUAAUUGUUUCUAUUGUGACUAUCAAUUCAAUGCAUAGAGAUCAAAUGAUAAGCAAUAUAAAGGAUUUUAUUUCCACCUUUAUUACUGAAGUAACCUUGUACAAAAUGCUGUUUUAAAAUGUUACUAAAAUAAUAUCAGCAUUAAAUGUAUACCCUUCUUUGGUAUCUUCUCAGAAGCACUAACUGAAAAUCUUUAAAUAUUUUUUUUAUUGUAAAACUUUCAUUGAAAGUAUAUCAAAAUCCUUGAAUCCUGUGCUGUGCAAAUACGCCUCAUAAUCUAAAUCUUAUAGAUACCACUGCCAUUCAACAUAGUCAGAUAGUGACCAGUGUUAGUAAUCAUAAUUGUCUUUCUUACUGUUCUUAAAAAGAGAAUUUUUUCAAAGCAGGAUUGAUUACAUACACAUUCCAGAGGAGAAAAUAUCAGAGGAAAUAAAUUGCCGAACUUCAAAUCCCAAAGAUUUGAAAUUGUACUAUAGUAGAGUGUCUUGGUGACUAUAAAUUCAGAGGUUUCCCAAAUUCACCUUCAGGUUCAAUAAUUCACUAGAAGGAACUCACUGAAAGCUAUUAUAAUCACAUUUAUUCCAGAGAAAGAAUACAAGUUAGAACCAGCCAAAGGAAGAGACACAUAGGGCAGAGUCUAGGAGGGGUCCAAACUCCAGUCGUCCUUUCCAAUUGUCCACUCCCUGUGGAGUCUUAGACAAUGUUAUAUACUCUGGCCACAAUUUAUGAUACUACACGCAAGUACUGCCAAUCGGGAAAGUUCACCCACGCUUUGGUGUUCAGAUUUUUACUGAAGUUUUAUUACUUGGCAUGAUUGAUAGAUUCUUUGCACACAUGGUUGAACUCACUCUCCAGCCCUGACCCUCCCUGGAGAACUAGCUGACAUCAGGCUCUAGGGGCUCAUGUUAGCAUAAAUUAUAAGAUGUGAUUUGAGGAGCCCAAUAUGAAUAACAAAGACACUCCUCUCACUGGGACCUCCUGACGAUAAAGGCCAGAACUCUUUGGGUAAGGCCAAAUUCCUUACACAGUGGCCAUUCGUCUCUCAUACACAUUCUUCUGAACUGAUGAGGAUGACACAAGCAAUGACAAUUGUUUAUGGAGACAUUUAUAUAUUGUCAUUUUUUAUUUCAGAAAUUUUGUGAAAUGAUUCUGAACAUGACUCAAGGGCAGAAAAACAUAAUCAGAUACAGUGCUAAGUAGCAUAUGUAGUAUUUAUUUAGUUUUCAGUUCUGAUAUUUAAUUACAAUUUUAUUAAAUGUUGGAAUACUUAAAAGACAUUUAAAAUUUUAUAAACUUUUAAUCUAUGCUGUAUAUUAACAUAAAAUUUUGAGCUAAUUUUAUUUAUUUAGAAGAUCUAAUUGGCUUUUUUGAUGAUUCAUGAAUUGGGCAGCAUCCCAUCUAGCAACUAGAAGGGUGCUCCCUGAGCUAACUGUAAAUUACCAGUAGCCAUCACUUUAGUUUGGCUCAUAAUAGGCCUUCACUGUUAACUGACAGCUCCACAUUUCCAGUCAUCCUUUAUUGGGGUUAAGUAUCAGCCCUCCAUUGGAUCUAAUCAGGUUUUUUCAUUUAUGCAUUUAUUUACAUUUAUUUAUUUAGGGUUUCUAAUAUGUUAAAAGUAACUUCUUUAAAACAAACAGUAAUGAUACUCCUUUGGGAAUAGUUUACCUGAGAUACACACUUUCAUCCUUUUUUAACUUGAACUUACUGAGGAUUUAAAAGAAUAAUGAAUGCUGUUACAGUGUUCUGAAAAUUCACUCUAAAAAAAUGUACUUUAAAUGUAAAGUAUUUAAAAGGUUUAGUUAAAUGUGUUAAAUCAGACUUCACUUGUAUAUUUUAAACAAAAUCUGUGGAUGUGAGUUUAUGUGUUUAUUCUUUUAAAAAACAUUGUAUAUACAAAAACAAUUUCUAAUAAUUGAGGGUUUAAGUUUUCUCCUUUAGGCUGAAGUUUUAUUAUGUUCCAUUUUAUUUUAUUUUGCUUGGAUAGUAAAUACAGCAAUUAAAAAUUAUGAUGCUAAGUGCUUUUUCUAAUAUAUGCAAGCUGCUUCAACAGGUUUUUAAAGAUAGCAACAGUAAUAUUUCUUGGAUGCUAAUAGGAUUACGGAAAAUGACAGAGGUGAGUUUAUGUUUCAUUUUACGGCGGUUUCAAAAUACUGCUAUGAAUUCUAAACUUUUAAAAUCUGAAGCUUACUUUGGAUGUUAUAUAUAUAUAAUGCCCCAAAUUUUCAUUACUUUAUAUUUGUCUCCAUUCACCUUAAAGGCCUUUUUGCCGCGCCGCACAGUUUGCGGAAUGUUAGUUCCCUGACCAGGGAUUGAACCUGGGUCUCGGCACUGAAAGCGCGGGGUCCUAAGCAUUGGACCGCCAGGGAAUUCCCCUGUUUUUGCUUUUAAUAUUUCGUUUUUAUACUGUUAUUGCCGUUUUAAUGACUUCAAUCAUGCUAUGAUUGUCAGCUUAGUUUUGAAAAAUUCAUGGGUCAUCUCCGUGUACUCACAAAGUAAGCAUUGUUAAAAGACCUUUUUUUUUUUAAUUUAAAUUUUCCCUAGCUUCUCAUUUUGAAAAAAUUUUAAAGUAUAUAAAAGUUGAAAUAAUAGUAUACCCAUUUGCCCUCCACCUGAAUUCAACAAUUAACAUUUUGCCAUACUAGCUUUAUCAGGACACUUCUAAAAAUAUGGACAUUUUUCUAAUUAAAUUCAAUCCCAUUAUCACACUUAAGAAAAUUUAAUUUUAUUGUAUCACCUACGUUCAUAUUCAGAUAUUUCCAGUUGUCUCAAAAAAUGACCUUUUACAGGUUUUUUUGGCUUUGAUCCAGGAUUCAGAUGAGGAUCAUACUUUCUAUUUAAUUGUCUCUUUUAGUCUAGAAGAUCCUUCCCUGUACCCCAAUGGCUUUUUUUCCCCAUGAUGUGACUUUUUGAAGAGUGUAAGUCACUUGGCAUCCAUCCAUGAUCUGUCAAUAUCCUUGAUUUGUUCCCUUUAUUCUUUGCAUUUCCUUCAAACUGGAAGUCUGUAGGUUUGAUUAACUUCAGGUUAAAUGUUUUGGGAAAGAAUAUUUCAGAUUAUCUUUUAGGUUUUAUAUUGUAUCACAUUAGAAGACACAUAAUUCUAGAUUGUCUCAUUACUGAUGAUAAUCAUUCAGUCAAGGUGGUGACUAACAGAUCUUUCCAUUGUAAAGGUCAUUUUCUCCCCUUAGUAAUUAGUAUUCUUUAGGGUAGUAUUUUGGCACCAUGGGAAUGUUCUUUUUCCUACCAGCCUUUCAUUCAAUGGUUUUAGCAUCAACUGAUGAUUCUUAACUGAAUCAUUUAUCACACUGAGGUGCAAAAUAGUGAUUUAAAAUUUUUUAAUUCUCUAAUUUUCUUCUACAUUUAUUAUAUAGUUUCUAUUCCUCUAUUUUAAAAAGACUAUUUUCCCUCCUUUCUUGUUCCCAAAGCCCUCUUUUUUUUCCCCAGAUCACUGUCCUUAAUCUUCAAUGUAAACAUUAUAGCUAAUUACAGUCACAGUUUUGUUGUUUUGUUUUGUUUUGCUUUUCUGUUUGUUUUUUUAGCUGCGCCUCACGGCUUAUGAGAUCUUAGUUCCCUGACCAGGGAUCGAACCCAGGCCCUCAGCAGUGAGAGUGUGGAGUCCUAAACACUGCAUCUCCAGGGAAUUCCCCAGUCACAUUUCCUUUUGAUGUUCAUAUUGUAAGCCAGUAGCCAGUGGAGGUCACUAGAAGCUAGCUUCUGUUCUGUUAGACAUGACCACAUUAGUCUCUGAGGUCCUCCUUGCUUCAGGUACAACAAUAUGUUCCAGACUUGCCUCGUACUUGUCCUAUUCCAAAGCUGGGGAAUAUCAGCUAUGUAUCCAAGGAGCCCUAUCUAUUCCUUUUAGGGGGAAUGGAAUUUGAACUCCAUUUACUUAUGGGCCAUAUAUCAGUGGGCAGAGCUAGGAAAUAACAUUUUUAAGAGUUCAUGAAUUUAAAUCAAUGUUUACAAUUAAAAAUUAGUAUUACAAGCUUUUUUCUUAUUUUAUAUUUGCCUCUCUUUUCUCUUACAGUGAAAAUAUUGGUUCUGAGUAACAUUAGCAUAUUUGCUUAUAUGUUUUAUUAUAUAGCUUAUGUUUCAGCACUACAAUACCAGUAUUACUAAUGGAAAACAUAUUGAAUAAAAUUUGCAGUUCUCUUUGUCCUUAGAAUAGCCCACUGAGAGUACAUGUUCAAAAGUUAACGUAAAUUACUAUUUUCUCUACAUGGUUAUGCUAUCACUGUGAUAUAACUAGUUUGUUUUUAUUCAAUUUCAUAUUUAAUUUAAAAAUUUUAUUGCUUUUGAAUACGUGAAGCAUUUACAUGGUUCAAAGUUAAAACUAUAUAAAAAGUAUACUCAGAUUAGCCAAGCUGCCAUGCCUAUGCCUCCAGCCCAUUCCUAAUCACCUCCUAUAGAUAAUUAUUUUCAUUAGUUGCUAGUUUAUCUUUCCUGUGUUUCUGUUAAAAAAAUAAAGUGUGUACAUUGCUAUA